GUUUGCAGCUUAGUAGUCCGCGAUACGCGCGCCCGAGUCGACGUCUGUCAGCCGGAAUUCGCGUAAAAAUUGUGAACAAGUGAUAAUAUUAUACUGUGUUUUUGAUAGUUAUUUUUUAAAAUUUUAUUCCGAUACGGUGUUUGCCGCCGUGAUUAUAAGUUCGGUUCACGAGUCACCGACGCGCCGGCAGCGGGCCGUUUUCUUUGGCGUUUUCGAUGGUCGUCGCCGUCACGGUUAUGAUGCGCCGGCCGACGACGACGGUGAUGCACCACCUACGGACGAGUUCGGCCGGCCGAGCGCGAUGAAGUUCACCGCUUGGAUCCCGGCCGCGGCCGUCAUACUGGUCGCCCUGUGCGCUCCUCGGCCAGGACUCUGUGAUCUGACCGGAAGUCCUCCGACCAUAUGGGUGGACCGAAAUUGGGUGGUCGACUCCACGGCACCCGUCGGCACGGUGGUGGCUCGGGUUCGCGUGUCCGACGUCAGCAACGAAACGGUCCUGAUGUUCGGGCUGGAACACUCGACGGGCUUCAACAUCGUCCAAGAAAACGAAGACCCGUUGCCGUUCACCAUCGACGAGAAUGGAAGAGUCACCACAAACACGUCCCUAACGAACAAGGAGGGAAAAAACAUUUACCUUUACGUGACGAUCAACGAUGGACACUUGACGUCCAAGACUCAGGUAUGGGCGAAAGUGGAAGGACCCGGCGGUGGUGGCAGAAAUAAGCCGAGUAGCGGAGGACUUCCGACAAACUUCUUAUCACCACAGUUCCGACCACCACCCCCGCCGUCGAUACCGAUAAAUGGGGCUGGAAGCAAUUUUCCAGGCGUUGUGUUCACGCCUCCUAACAAAAUUCUACCCCCCGGGCCGGCCAGGACAUCGCAACCACGGCCAACGAACAAAGUUCCUACUGCGAAGCCRACGACUCCCAUAGUCGUUGUCACGCAAAAGACAGUCACCGCUGACAUACCCGUUUCCGAGACCUCCACAUCACCGACCGCAGUUGUUAGCACAGUCCCAUCAACCAUGGAAAUCGAUGCAGCCAUGCAUUCAACUAACGGCAUCAUCACCAUAAAGUCAAAGUCCAGUACCGUCGCCACCACUGCCGAUAACAUCACUGACACUACCACCACUGCCGCUACCACCACUCAGCCYGGUGAGACAAGAAACGUAACAGAACCAGCGCUCACCCCUCCCACAGUAACCACCCAACAACCAGUUCAGAAUAACYUGGUCUUGGCCCUGGUACCCAUAGUGRUCGCUACCGUGUUCCUGACCACGGCUGGCGUGCUUGCCUGUUUGUUCCGAAAAAGACUGUUUCCCUCCAAAGUCAAGUCUAAAAAAGUCAAUUCAAUUGGAAAAAAGAAAAGCUCUCGAUCGGACGACCCGAUGGUCAUGCACCACUGGAGCGGACCACGAUCAUUCACCAGGUACGAAAGCUGGGGCUCGGAUCCGUCGACCAAUGGGCAGUACGUCGGUGGAAAGGAAUCGGCGAUCAAAGAAAGUGACCCGUGGGAGAUACCUAGACACCACGUGAGGGUGUGCUCAAUACUUGGAGAGGGUAGUUUUGGGCAAGUCUGGAAGUGCGAGGCGUACAACAUCAUGGGGUUCAAGGGCAACAUGGUGGUCGCUGUAAAGACUCUCAAGGACAACGCGGGCGAACGCGAACGACUCGACCUGGUACAAGAACUGCAGGUGAUGAAAUCGCUGGAGCCGCAUCCGCACGUCGUAAAACUCUUGGGAUGUUGUUCGGAGAGAGAUCCCUUGUUUGUCGUUAUGGAGUACGCGAAAUUGGGCAAACUCCAGAGCGUGCUGCGGAACUCUCGUGGCGUAAAUUACUACACGAAUACGCACGGGCCGAGUUCGUUGACGUCGCACGAACUCAUUAUGUUCUGCUAUCAGAUCGCCAAAGGAAUGGACUUCUUGUCGUCGAAAGGGAUCAUACACAGGGACCUGGCGGCCAGGAACAUACUGGUGACGGAGGAACGGACGUGCAAGAUCUCCGACUUCGGGUUCGCGCGGGACGUGGCCAACAGCCGGGUGUACGAGCGCAAGUCCGAAGGCCGUCUGCCCAUCCGGUGGAUGGCGCCGGAGUCGCUGUUCGACAACAUGUACUCGGCCAAGUCGGACGCCUGGUCGUUCGGCGUGCUCAUGUGGGAGAUCGUGACGCUUGGCUCGACGCCGUACCCGGGAGUGGCCGCGGCGGACGUCAUGAAGCGCAUCCGGGACGGAUACCGGCUGGACAAGCCGCAGCACUGCCGUCGCGAGGUGUACAACAUCAUGUUCUACUGCUGGGACAAGUGUCCGGACGACCGGCCCGACUUCGCCGAGCUCAUGGGGCUGCUUGACAAGCUGCUGGUCGACGAGACCGAUUACAUACAGCUCGACCGGUUCCCGGACAACGCGUACUAUAACAUCACCACGUGCAUCAGUGGCGAGCGCCUGUGACGGAACUCCAGCGCCGCAGCGGCCGCCGACGCCACUUCCGCCCGGAAGUGGAGCCGGCUGCAGCGGCGACGGUAUCCUGCUGCAGCGAAACCGCGCAGUCGUUUCCGUUUAUCAUAAUGUAGUAUUAAAUUUUUUAAAAAUUGUACGUAUUCGGUGGUCACACGUCUGAAGAAAAAAGAUGUAUAACAUAAAAAUAAAUAAACACUCUCGUAGUAGCUGACAUUAUACGAGUAUGGCACGAUAAAAAUAUUUAUUACGAUUUUUCGACAUCMGGUCAGCACGGUAUUAUAAUGCGACAAUAAAACUGCRUGCGAUCGCACUGUAUACGUGAAUGUAUCAGCUGCAUAAUAUUAUUAUUGUAUGUAUUUUUUUUAUUUUCAUUGUUUAUAAAAAAAAAAAAAAAA